GCCGCCCCGAGCGCCGAGCCGGGGGAGCGGAGCCAAGGUUAGCGGCGCUGGUGGAAGAUGGCGAGAGGCUGGGGCGCGCGGCCGCCCUGGCGUCUGAGGAGCCUCCCGCUGCUCCUGUGCCUCCUGCUGCUAAGGAGCCCGGCCCAAGCGGCUCACAUCAAGAAGGCGGAGGCCACAACAACGACAAGCGCGGGCACCGAGGCGGCCGAGGGCCAGUUCGACCGCUACUACCACGAAGAGGAGCUGGGCUCGGCGCUGAAGGAGGCGGCGGCCGCGGGGCCCCCUGGCCUGGCCCGCCUCUUCAGCAUCGGCCGCUCGGUGGAGGGCCGGCCGUUGUGGGUCCUGCGACUCACGGCUGGCCUGGGGUCGCUGCUCCCUAACGGCGACGCGGGGCCGGAUGCUGCGGGGCCGCUCGUGCCGGGUCGGCCGCAGGUGAAGCUGGUGGGCAACAUGCACGGCGACGAGACCGUGUCGCGUCAGGUGCUCAUCUACCUGGCCCGCGAACUGGCGGCCGGCUAUCGCCGCGGGGACCCGCGCAUCGUCCGCCUUCUCAAUACCACCGACGUAUACCUGCUGCCCAGCCUCAACCCCGACGGCUUCGAGCGCGCUCGCGAGGGCGACUGCGGCCUCAGCGACGGUGGCCCUCCCAGGGCCAGCGGCCGCGACAACAGCCGCGGCCGCGACCUCAACCGCAGCUUCCCCGACCAGUUCAGCACCGGCGGGCCCCCCUCCCUGGACGAGGUGCCAGAGGUGCGCGCCCUUAUAGAGUGGAUCCGCAGAAACAAGUUUGUGCUUUCUGGAAAUCUGCAUGGUGGCUCAGUGGUAGCAAGCUAUCCUUUUGAUGAUUCUCCAGAACAUAAGGCCACUGGAAUUUAUAGCAAAACCUCAGAUGAUGAAGUCUUUAAAUACUUGGCAAAAGCGUAUGCUUCCAACCAUCCCAUAAUGAAAACUGGUGAGCCUCAUUGUCCAGGAGAUGAAGACGAGACUUUCAAAGAUGGAAUCACAAAUGGUGCACACUGGUAUGAUGUGGAAGGUGGUAUGCAAGAUUAUAAUUAUGUAUGGGCCAACUGUUUUGAGAUCACAUUAGAACUAUCCUGUUGCAAGUACCCACCUGCCUCACAGCUUAAACAGGAAUGGGAGAACAAUCGUGAGUCUUUGAUCACAUUGAUUGAAAAGGUCCACAUUGGAGUUAAAGGAUUUGUUAAAGAUUCAGUAACCGGAUCUGGUUUAGAGAAUGCAACCAUCUCAGUGGCUGGUAUUAAUCAUAAUAUCACAACAGGCAUAUUUGGUGAUUUCCACAGAUUACUUGUUCCUGGGACUUACAACGUUACAGCAGCUUUAACUGGGUAUAUGCCCUCAACUAUUAGUAAUAUAGUGGUGAAAGAAGGACCAGCCGUAGAGGUGGAUUUUUCUCUCCAGCCAACUGUGAUGAAAAUCUCUGACCCGACUGAGGCUGUGGCAACUGCUAGCACAGUUGCUGUACCUAAUCCUCCUGAAACAUCAUCCUCCCACCAACCAAUUCAGCCAAAAGACUUUCACCACCACCAUUUCCCUGAUAUGGAAAUCUUCUUGAGAAGGUUUGCGAAUGAAUAUCCUAACAUCACCCACCUUUAUUCAUUGGGAAAAUCAGUAGAGUCAAGAGAACUUUAUGUGAUGGAGAUAUCUGAUAAUCCAGGUGUCCAUGAACCAGGUGAACCAGAAUUUAAGUACAUUGGGAAUAUGCAUGGAAAUGAAGUGGUUGGAAGAGAGCUGCUGUUGAACCUUAUUGAAUAUCUUUGUAAGAACUUUGGAACAGACUCUGAAGUCACAGAUUUGGUUCGUAGCACUAGAAUUCACCUUAUGCCAUCUAUGAAUCCUGAUGGCUAUGAAAAGUCCCAGGAAGGAGAUUCAACGAGUGUCAUUGGCAGAAACAACAGCAACAACUUUGACCUGAAUCGCAAUUUUCCAGACCAGUUUGUUCAGAUCACAGAUCCUACCCAACCGGAAACUAUUGCGGUAAUGAGUUGGAUGAAGUCCUAUCCAUUUGUUCUGUCAGCAAACCUGCACGGAGGUUCUUUGGUGGUUAAUUACCCUUUUGAUGAUGAUGAACAAGGAGUUGCCACAUAUAGUAAAUCACCAGACGAUGCUGUGUUUCAACAAAUAGCACUUUCUUAUUCCAAGGAAAAUUCCCAGAUGUUUCAAGGUAGACCUUGCAAGAGUAUGUACCCUAAUGAAUAUUUUCCUCAUGGAAUAACAAAUGGAGCUAAUUGGUAUAACGUCCCAGGAGGUAUGCAGGACUGGAACUAUUUGCAAACUAAUUGCUUUGAAGUGACUAUUGAACUAGGUUGUGUGAAAUAUCCAUUUGAGAAGGAUCUGCCAAAAUAUUGGGAACAGAAUCGAAGAUCUCUACUCCAGUUUAUGAAACAGGUUCAUCAGGGUGUCAGAGGAUUUGUCCUGGAUGCCACGGAUGGCAGGGGCAUAUUAAAUGCCACCAUUAGUGUUGCUGAAAUUAAUCACCCAGUAACUACUUACAAAAGUGGAGAUUACUGGCGUCUCUUGGUUCCCGGAACUUAUAAAAUCACAGCAUCUGCUCGAGGGUAUAAUCCAGUUACCAAGAAUGUGACAGUGAAGAGCGACGGUGCUACUCAGGUCAACUUCACACUUGUCCGAUCCUCAACAGAUUCAAACAAUGAAUCAAAGAAAGGAAAGGGGGACAGCGUCAGCCCUGAGGAGAACAGUGAUCCAACUACCAAGGAGUUUGAAGAUUUGAUUAAAGACCUUUCAGCUGAGAAUGGUUUGGAAGGCCUCAUGUUACCCUCCUCCUCAAAUCUCGCUCUUUAUCGAUACCAUUCAUACAAAGAUUUAUCAGAGUUUCUGAGAGGACUUGUAAUGAACUACCCACACAUUACAAAUCUUACCAGUUUGGGACAGAGUGCUGAAUAUCGUCACAUUUGGUCCCUCGAAAUCUCCAAUAAGCCCAACAUAUCUGAGCCUGAAGAACCAAAGAUUCGUUUUGUUGCUGGUAUCCAUGGAAACGCUCCAGUUGGAACAGAACUGCUUUUGGCUCUGGCAGAAUUUCUCUGCCUGAACUACAAAAAGAACCCAGCUGUUACCCAAUUAAUUGACAGGACUAGGAUUGUGAUUGUCCCUUCUCUAAAUCCAGAUGGGAGAGAGAGAGCACAAGAGAAAGAUUGUACUUCAAAGAUAGGACAAACAAAUGCUCGUGGCAAAGACUUGGAUACUGACUUCACAAAUAAUGCCUCCCAGCCAGAGACUAAAGCUAUCAUUGAAAAUUUGAUUCAAAAACAGGACUUCAGUCUUUCUGUGGCUUUAGAUGGUGGUUCUGUGCUAGUCACAUACCCGUAUGACAAGCCAGUGCAGACAGUGGAAAAUAAAGAGACUUUGAAGCAUCUGGCAUCUCUUUAUGCAAAUAAUCAUCCAUCGAUGCACAUGGGUCAGCCUGGUUGCCCCAAUAAAUCAGAUGAGAAUAUUCCAGGAGGAGUAAUGCGUGGAGCCGAAUGGCACAGUCACCUGGGCAGCAUGAAGGAUUAUAGUGUCACCUAUGGCCACUGUCCGGAAAUCACAGUGUACACAAGCUGCUGCUACUUUCCUAGUGCAGCACAACUCCCUUCCUUGUGGGCAGAAAAUAAACGAUCUCUUCUUAGCAUGUUGGUGGAGGUUCACAAGGGAGUUCAUGGAUUUGUUAAAGAUAAGACUGGAAAACCAAUCUCUAAAGCAGUCAUUGUACUUAAUGAAGGAAUAAAAGUACACACAAAAGAGGGAGGUUAUUUCCAUGUUCUUUUAGCCCCAGGUGUCCAUAACAUCAAUGCCAUUGCUGACGGGUACCAGCAGCAACAUUCACAGGUCUUUGUGCAUCAUGAUGCAGCUAGUUCCGUGGUAAUAGUCUUUGACACAGAUAAUCGGAUAUUUGGUUUGCCAAGGGAACUUGUGGUAACUGUAUCAGGUGCCACCAUGUCUGCCUUGAUCCUAACAGCUUGCAUUAUUUGGUGCAUCUGCUCAAUCAAGUCUAACAGGCACAAAGAUGGCUUUCAUCGGCUCAGGCAGCAUCAUGAUGAGUAUGAAGAUGAAAUUCGCAUGAUGUCCACCGGCUCCAAGAAGUCCCUCCUAAGCCAUGAAUUCCAGGAUGAAACAGACACUGAAGAGGAAACAUUAUAUUCCAGCAAACAUUGAAAAACACACUUUGCAUUAUCUCCCAGCAUAAGUACCAAGCAAAAUUAUAGUUCCUCUUGGGAGACACUGCAUUAAGAAGAUAAACUGUCUUGUUUCUACAAAGAGCUUUGGGAAGUUAACUUGCUAAAUUUGUAUUUUCUGUGAAUUUUGCUGGCAGUUUUGAACUUCCCUUCCUUAAAGUACUCUUAACCUUUAAAAAGAAAUCUGAUUU